UACUUCCCGCCUCCUCCUCCUCCAAGAACGACUCACUCCUGCGCGCGCGAGCUCCAAGAAAGUCCAGACUCCAGAGCAGAGAGUGUGUGUGGGCGCGCGGCGAUGGCGGCAAUGGCGGUGGAGGGGGCGGCGAGCGAGCCGGAGCUGGUGUCGAUCCCGGCGACGCCGAGGGGGCUGUCGACGCCGGAGGGGACGGCGACGCCGCCGGCGGGCGGCGGCGGCAGGAGGGGCGGCGGCGCGACGCCGGCGAGGCGGGUGGUGGAGGGGCUCCGCGGCUACCUCGAGGAGGUCGGCCACCUGACCCGGCUCAACCCGCAGGACGCGUGGCUGCCCAUCACCGAGAGCCGCAGCGGCAACGCCCGCUACGCCGCCUUCCACACCCUCAACGCCGGCCUCGGCUUCCAGGCCCUCCUCCUCCCGCUCGCCUUCCCCGCCCUCGGAUGGAGCUGGGGAAUAAUAUCAUUGACUAUUGCUUAUUUCUGGCAACUGUACACACUCUGGAUUCUUGUCAAGCUUCAUGAAGCUGUACCAGGAAGGAGGUACAAUAGAUAUGUGGAGCUUGCACAAGCUGCCUUUGGAGAAAAACUGGGAGUGUGGCUAUCUCUUUUCCCAACUAUUUAUCUGUCGGCUGGCAGUGCAACUGCAUUGAUACUUGUUGGAGGAGAGACCAUGAAGCUCUUCUACCAAAUAGUUUGCGGCCCUGUCUGUUCACCGAGUCCAAUUACAACAGUUGAAUGGUACUUGGUGUUCACAUCCUUGGCCAUAGUCCUUUCCCAGCUUCCAAAUCUCAACUCGAUCGCCGGUGUUUCGCUCAUCGGUGGUGCCACCGCGAUAACAUACUGUACAAUGUCCUGGAUUCUCUCUGUCAGCCAACAGCGGCCAACAACAAUCUCUUAUGAACCAGUAGCAUACACUUCUCUUGGUUCAUCAUUGUUCUCAACCUUGAAUGCCCUUGGAAUAAUAGCAUUUGCAUUCAGGGGGCACAAUCUUGCACUAGAAAUACAGGCAACAAUGCCAUCAACGUUCAAACAUCCAGCACAUGUGCCAAUGUGGCGCGGGGCCAAAGUUGCAUAUGCCCUGAUUGCAAUGUGCCUCUUCCCUGUUGCAGUUGGAGGUUACUGGGCCUAUGGAAACAUGAUGCCAUCAGGAGGGAUUCUGACCGCGCUUUACGCCUUCCACAGCCACGACAUCCCCCGGGGCCUCCUUGCAUCGACAUUCCUCCUCGUCGUGUUCAAUUGCCUGAGCAGCUUCCAGAUAUACUCCAUGCCGGUUUUCGACAGCUUUGAGGCCUUCUACACAGGCCGAACCAACCGACCUUGCUCGGUCUGGGUCAGAUCAGGGUUCAGGGUGUUCUACGGCUUCAUCUCGCUGUUCAUCAGCGUAGCGCUGCCAUUCCUCUCCAGCCUCGCCGGCUUGCUGGGUGGGCUGACAUUGCCGGUCACCUUCGCCUACCCGUGCUUCAUGUGGAUCUGCAUCAAGAAGCCUGAGAGGUUCAGCUCAGGAUGGUACCUGAACUGGGGCCUUGGGCUGCUUGGCACUGCAUUCAGCCUGGCCUUCUGUGUGGGUGGUGUCUGGAGCAUCAUCAGCAGUGGGAUGAAGCUCAAGUUCUUCAAGCCCCCAAGCUAGAUUGAUCAGCAAUUUACCAGUUUCAAACAUGCAAAACUAGUACAUGUCCGGUGUGUGUUUGUGAUAUUUUCAGACAAUGGAAAAGCAUAUCCCAGCUGGCCUCUGCAUUGUAGGUGUGUUUUAGUGUUUAUGAAUUAUGAUAUGAAUGAUAUAUGAUGAUGACAUAUAUGGUUUACCUU